AUGGCUCUCAAAACCUCUCUCGGCUUCCUCGUCCUCUCUCUGGCAUGCGCCUCAACUCAUGCGCAGUUGACUUCAAUGUUCAUUCCGGAGGGUGAACCCGGCACCACAUACACCGCGUCGUUAUUGGCUUCCGGGGGCGGCUCCACCACUUACCAAAUCCUCGCCACUAACCUCAUGGGCAAGUCGUCUUAUUUCUUAAUAUUCGUGACGGACUGCCAACUCGGGGAAGACUCCGCCGACUGCGUAAUCGUUAACGGGCCUAUCCCCGUGGUCACUACGCUCGCCCUGCAGCAGGUACCCGUGCAGAUCGUGCAAGAUGGUGUCAGCCCCGACAGCUCUUCCACCACUCCUCCCGCUACAUCCACUGACCCUACUACCUCCGAAUCCACUGGGACCGGGCCUGUCAGUUCCACUACAUCGAAGUCGAGCGGGAGCACGAGUCAGUCGCAGUCCUCAUCUGCGAGCACUCCCACGAAAACUUCGAGUGGCUCGGAGCGGGCGGUGGUCAAGGGCGCGUCUGUUCUCGGGAGCGUGCUUGUAGGCCUGGGUAUGGCCUUCGGUAUCGCCGUCUAA